CCCUGCAUCAGUUUCGGCUAAAGUAAAAAGGCUGAUGUUUUUAAAGGUAGACUCAGCGAUAUGACGUAGAUGCAGAAAUGUAAAGUGUGUCAAUUUUCGCAACAACUAAGAGCGUUGACGCGCAAUGCUCAACUUCUCUGCUUUUUUGGUCUCUUACCUACCACGCUGUAACAGCGUGAAGCGAACCCGUGCGCAGAUACUGUGUGAGAGGGAAGUGUUGCAUCUUGCUCAUCUCAAUAUCUGCGGUCUGCUGUUGGCAAUGUCAGUUCGCUGAGUCUAAAUUUUAAUUAUUGGGUAGCAGUACAUAAUUAGCACAUUGUUUUAGGAACCAUUUACAAUGAUGGAAGCAAACGAUUUUUGCAUAAAUAGUGUCCCAUUGUUGUGUCUUAAUACAUAGGGUUCCUUAAUAUUAACAACUGAAAAACUGUUGUCGCUUUCUUGUGUUUUUUACUUGAAUUUGGCAUUGGAAAGUCUAUAAUCCUCAUUUAUGGUCAUGGAAUAUCUCAUCAGCAUUGAAUGCAGUGUGCCCUCUUCGAUAUCAAGCGCCGCCUGGUGGAUUUACUAUGGAAAUGCAAAACAGAAAAAAUAAUUCAGCUGCAAUGCUGCGUCAUUGGUGUUGCAGAUUUUCUGUUCCUUUCCAUUCAUUGAAGUCAUUUUUCAGUCUUACAUUUGACAUUGUGAGGCUACAUUCCCCCACUAAGCCAUGUUAAAUGGUUUUGACUAGAUAGUAUACAGUUUGUCAGAAUUGACCUGAAUUUACUUUUCGUAGCAGGUUGGCAGAAUUAACGUAGCAGGUUAGGAGAAUUAGGUUAAAUUUAGGAAAAGGAUUAGGUUUGGUUGAAAUGCACACACAAAGUCAACUUUUUUGACGGCAAUUUGAUAUUAGCUGUAUCCCAUCUAGCCAUGACGAUGUUUAUGCGCAAAGUAAAAGGGAAUAGGGUGGUUUCUCUACAUGUUAAUUAAAUUGAUGAGCCGAAACGAGAGGAUUAAGCAAUGACUAUAUGAAGGGAUUAAGUCACCGCGGACAGGAUAGCAAAUUCGUGUGUAAUGUAGCAAAGUCUGGCUAAAUUGUGGAAUAUUAAUGUCUUAAUUUAGAUUUUGGGAUUUUAUUAUUUGUUAUACUAUAUAUCUCCAUAUAUUCUAGAUCCUGCUAUCACAAAAAUAUUUUCCAACUUUUUUUGUCUGGUACUACCUUCCUGUGUGCUCCCAAGCGCCCGGAUAUCCCCUAUCGCGUUGAGGUAGUUUGACUAAUCCACUUGUUGUAACGAUAACCAUAGACAUUAGAAGCAGGUUGUAACCAGGGGAUGCAAACUUCUAGAUAAUAACCAUUAACACGAUGUAUAAAGACAUGUGAAGCACUUAUUCAAGAUUUCGCAAAAUUGUUUCAAACAUGCCUGGUGUCAGAGAAGCUGCGGUCGUGGGUUUUACUCUCGCAGUAACCGGAGGAGUUGGGUAUGUCAUCUGGACUUAUGUGUCUUCGGGGGUAAAGGCGAAGCAAAAACCAAAGCAAGAACCAGAGAAAAUAGAAAAGGAGACUAGAAAAACUGCACAAAAAGUACCAGAACGCGCAAACCAAACACCAACAGUCGUAGUAACAGAGGUGAAGCCCACAGGAAAGCAAGUCCUGGUGCUCGGCCUUGAAGGUGCAGGGAAGACCAGCCUGCUGCACUGCUUUGCCACGGGGAGUCUGGAGCAGGAUGUGACCCCAACACAGGGCUUUAACGCUGUGUCCAUUAAUAGGGAGGACCUGCAGAUCGAGUUCCUAGAAAUUGGUGGCACACAGAACCUGCAGCCCUAUUGGAAGAGGUACAUGUGCAAGGCUAUGGUGCUGGUGUUUGUGGUGGACUCCUCAGACGCCGCCCAGUUCCCUUUGGCUAAGAAGUAUCUCCACGAGCUGCUGGAAACCGACCUUUACCUUCCCUUAGUGGUACUAGCCAACAAGCAGGAUAACCAGGGGGCCUGCAGUAUCACAACGCUCCAUGAAGCCCUGUCCCUGGAGGAGGUGGGGGACCAGCGCAAGCUCUUCCUCAUCGGCACCCAUGUAAGGAAGGGGGACACGGAGGUGAACUCUGCUGUGCAGGACACACGGGACCUGAUCAUUCAAAUGGUGCAGGAUGGUAGAUAGACUCACCAUCUAGUCAUCAGAUACAGAUGUAGGAUCUUAAUUUGAUCACUCUUUUGUUGCUGAGAAUUUUCCAGCACAGCAGGAAAUGCAAACUUGUAGUGCAUUUUAAUUUUAAAAAGGCUUAUAAAGUUGGUCAUUUCCACUUGAAUUGUCAGACUUGAUUUGCCCUAAUGAAAAAGGUAUCAACCUCUAGAAAAAUGUAUAUUAAUUAUAAUCCACAUAAUAAUUCACAUUUCCUAUUGCUGCAGGAUUAUUUUCCUGCUGUAGCAAACUGGCUCAAAUUAAGAUUCUACAUCUGUAUGAAUGACCCGCUGGCUUAGGUGAUAUUUUACCUUAAUUUCACCCCUGUCCUGGCUUGCCUUCAUUUGUUUUGAUAGCACUAGCUACAAGCUCUAUUGACAGACAGCAUGAUAGUGAAAGGCCUCAUUCACAUCUGUAGAAUGAUGAUGAUUCCAGAGAAGCUAAAAGCUGACAACGUGCUUAUGGUCAAACUCAUUCACUGGCAGUUGCAUUCAUUAAUUAAUUAAUUGCAUUAGCACAAAUGAACAAAAGCACAGAGUUGAUCAUUUACUUGUCUCUGUAGUAGACACAAUAUUUCAAGGAUGGUCUCAACAUCCUUACCUAUAGGGAUUUAAUUGAUAAUGCUUUGUUGUCAUCAAAGAUUCUUCUCUUAGUGCUAUCUACAACUGUAGAGCGCAAUGUAGGUUACAUGUUUAGACACAGUGCUGUUAGGUACUAUGUUGAAGACUCUUUCGAGGUACAUUUAAUUAUUUUUGUUAUAUUGUAUAAGAAAAGUUAUGUAUUGACUAUAUUGUCUUAAAAGGGAACUUGCUACAUAGUUAUAUUUUCUUAAAACCAAUGUGAUUGUUGUGUAACCAAAGCAAUCCAUCCAGACAUUUAUUUUGAAGCAUUUAAAAAUGCCAAAGUACCAUUUUUCACAUGUCUAGGCAUGUUUAUUUGGCUAACAAUGUUUUGCCUUGGAGUUAAUUGAAGCUUUUACAUGCACUAAGAAAUAAAUCGACAUAAGCACAAAAAGUGCUUCUCGUUUUAAUGUUUAACACUGGUAAAACGACUGGUAUAAUCUUUAGUAAUAAGCAGGUUUGAAGUGCACUACUGAACAAUUCAUUUGAAUGCCGUGACUAUAACAGACCUCCAAACCAUUCUGUCAUUUAAGCAUCAAAAAACACAUUUUUUGCCACUCUUUUUCUGUUUUGUCACACCCGGUAAUGUAAAUAAAAACCCUUGUUGUAAA